GUAGUUCUGGAUCAAGCAGAGUAAAACUAUCACGGAAUCACCAUGCAGUCUUCCACUUUCCUGAUGGCCAUCUUGGUGGUUGCCCUGCUCAUGUUGUUCACCACUCCGGCAACUGAGGCCACAUUCUUCCUGAUCGCCUGUAUGUUGCGGUCACCACUUUGCCCGUGGAUUACCACCACACCCGCCGCAGCCGCCUCUUAAGGAGUCGGUAAUGGUACCGAUAAGACCCAGGACAUAUAUAUUUGGAAAAUGAAAAUAAAAUAAACCAUUUUGGUUGCACUACAGUAAA